UUACUAUGCGCUGACCCUGACUACGAGGAGCGAAACUUCGCUCCUCGUAGUCAGUAAAGGGCUCAUAGUAAACAAACGAAGCUCGAGACUCUGGUACCCAGGGUAGUCCGGGGGCAUUGUAGCGUAUCAUCUGAAACGUCAUCACACUAAAUCUUAUGCACAGAAGGCAGAUUGAGCAUAAAUAAGUCUUUACUCCGGCUAGUUAUGGCGGCAGCGGCUUUUUUAGCAGUUCUGGUCGUUUCCUCGCUGUGUUUCAUUGGUCUUGAUGGCUGUUCUUGCGUAAGAGAACCGGAGCCAUGCGCAACUGGUCAGAAUUAUGGUAUACGAGGAGUGGUGAAGAACGAGACAGCAAACAGGACAGAGCAAACAAGAGUAUACGCUGUGGCUGUGAAUGCUACCUUGUGGGGAGACAUCAUACUAUUGAAUACGUGUAACCUGUCAGUGUUCAAACCUGGUCACAUGGUCAACAUAUGGACAGCUUACGAUACGGCAGCAUGUGGUGUUGCUUUGAUGGUAGGGGUGGAGUAUGUGAUAACAGGGUACAAGUCUCGCAUGAACCGUCUAUCUAUGGAUCGGUGUACUAGCUUCAUAAAACGCUGGGAUAAGACGUCCCCAAGUGAGCGAAAGACGCUUGGUGUUUGCUCUGCCGGAUCCGGUGUGGGCCUGCCUAGCAUGCUAGGGCUUGCUUUCGUGGUAAUUUUGCUAGAAUGGAUCUAUUGACAACAAGGAGUAAUCCAUGGAUCUCAUUAGAAACGAUACAGAGUACAAGGAGUAAUCCCAAAUCAAGUCGCGACAAAGAACUCACACAUUUGUGUAAUUUGGUAAACAGUAGUUACCUCCUGAGAAGUAGGAAAGGUUCGGCUGUUAUGUGUUUUGCUUCUCCCAGUGACAGCUUUAGCAGCAUAGAUUUCAUUAGAUCAUCAACAUACAAUUGACAUUUUAGUUGUGAGAAAAUUAUCAUUGUGCAGUAACCUUUUUAGAAGAAAGAUGUGUUUUCUGCCACAAGGGGUAACCUUCUCAGGCCCGUAGCAAGUGGGGGGGGGGGGGGGGGGGUCCGGUCAGAGUUAACAAAAAAAGUAUAUAACGUUUGGUUGGAUAUACCGUGCACAUCCAAUAUAUCUUUAAAAUGACUAUAAUAAUGGCUAUAAAAAUAUUGAAUUUAUUUGAAGUAAUAAGGCGAGGAGAGGGGUAUACCGGAAAUUUGGUCCGCUCAAAUGAAAAAACCUCUCUCAAAAUUCUGGCUACGGGCCUGCUUCUGAGCAGGGGAUGGAGUUUGGCUGUUGAGCGCAUGGCCAAUCCCAUCUUCUGACACUAGACAUCAACGCUAUUACCUUAUUACGCUCCAAGAAAUACAGAAUGAGACCUCCUAGCAGUUAGCAAAUGUGGUUAUAUCAUUUCAAUGUUAACAGUAGUCCAGGCAAUUUCAGAUUGGCAUCAUUUAGAAUAACAAUCUAUCGUUGUCGGGCGAGAAGUAGUUCUGUACAUCUAUAUUUCUUCGGCUGCCAUCCUGUAAUAGUUGAACUCUAAUAACUGGUGAAAUGUC